CACAAGGGUUCUUUUAGCUUUGAUGUUACCUUGGAUCAGUUCAAGGUCAAGAUUGGGACUCUAAAGAAGAAAUAUACAAGGAGUGAGAUGAGGGGUGGAGAAGCUUCUCUUUUGAAUCCUCAUGAACAAAAGUGUUUUCAGUUGUCAAAGGCUAUUUGGGGAGCUGAUGGGGUAGCUUUUGAAUCUUCCAUCAGUUAUAACAGCCAAUCGAAGGACAGUGAGAGGAGGGGAUUGACAAAGAAGUGUGACUUGGUCACUCCACGUAUGGGUAAGAAUGCUCAAGAAGCCAGUAAAAGAGGAGAUACGAAGAAGGCACCACUUGUUGAGAAAGAAUCUACUGGUUGGGAUGAUGAAAGUUCUUUCUUUCUUGGUAUGGAUUUUCUCAAAGAGAAAUGGACCAAGGUGCCGACAACUGAGACUACGAAGGGACCCCAAGAGAAGAUGAAGAAGUUGCAUGCCAAUGAACUUGAAUGUCAAAAAUAUGAAGAGAUGUUGAAGGCUAUGAAAGAUAAAUGUGCACAUGACAAGGUGGAGCUGUUGAAUGAGGUUACCUCUUUGAUCAUGGCAGCUGAUUAGAUCCAUGUAUAGUUGUUAGUUAUUGGGUUCUCUUUUUUUGGUUGCAAUGGCUCAAUAUCAUCGUCUAUAUAUGUUUAUGGGUUUUUAUUUGGGCAAUUGUCAAUAAUAGCACCUUUGAAGUUUAUGUCUCAAAAAUAGCACUAGAAAGAGAAAGUCACAAAAAUGACAUUCAUUAAAGGGUAAAAUAUCCCUAAUACCCUUGGUUUAAAAUUAAAUAAACAAACAAA